CUUCAAAAUGUAUAUAAGGUUACAAGAAACAAAUUCAAAUAACAAUUUCAGCAAUUGCGACCGUGCUGAACAUAGUCUACAAAAAUGAGGGCAUUAAUCUUAGUUGCAAUUUUGUGCGUGAGCUUUUCAGAAAUUACUGAAGGUUACAAACGCAUUUGUUACUACACCAACUGGGCUCAGUACCGCAAUGAAUUUGCCAAAUAUACACCUGAAAACAUUGACCCCCACCUGUGUACCCACAUUGUGUAUGCGUUUGCCAAAAUGGUUAAUAACGAAAUAGCACCAUUUGAAUGGAAUGACGAGUCUACUGAUUGGUCAGUCGGCAUGUAUGAAAAGACUACAAAUUGGAAGGAUGUUAACACGGACCUCAAAGUUACGAUUGCGAUUGGCGGUUGGAAUAUGGGUUCAGCUGACUUUACAGCGAUGGUGGCAACAAAAAGCAACCGAGCUCACUUCAUCUCAACUUCCAUUACUUUCUUGCGAAAGCAUAACUUCGAUGGCUUGGAUUUAGAUUGGGAAUAUCCAGGCGCAAGGGGGAGCCCUCCAGAAGAUAAACAACGUUUCACAUUGUUAGUCCAGGAGCUUCGUGCAGCUUAUGAUGCUGAAAUUCCACCAGCUGGCAAAUCCAAGUUGCUUCUGUCAGCGGCUGUAGCUGCAGGUGAAUCAAAUAUCGAUAACGGAUAUGAAAUCGCUAAGAUUGCCAAGGAAUUUGAUUGGAUUGGUUUGAUGUCGUAUGAUCUUCAUGGUUCUUGGGAGACAGUAACUGGCCAUCACAGCGCCCUCUAUGCACCUAAGGGUUCGAACGACGACGAUAAGAAGCUCACCAUGGUUUGGGCUGCUGAAAAAUGGGUUGCCGAAGGUUGUCCUAAGGACAAGCUGAUGAUUGGUCUUGGAACCUAUGGCCGCUCCUUCACCCUGAGCUCCUCUAGUAACGGUAUUGGGGCUCCAGUAAGCGGAGCAGGCACUGCUGGAACGUACACAAGGGAGAAGGGAUUUAUUUCAUAUUACGAGGCUUGCGCAAUGAGUGGAGAAACACGUGUAUUUGACAAUGAAAUCCAAGCCCCUUAUUUAUACAGUGGUAACCAAUGGGUUGGCUAUGACGAUCCUUCAAGCUACAAGAUCAAGCUGGAUUGGCUCAAGAAAGAAGGAUACGGUGGUGUGAUUGUAUGGGCUCUCGAUCUUGAUGAUUUCUCGGGUUCGGUAUGCGGGGCUGGAAAGUACCCACUAAUGAAUCAGAUAAAGGCUGCUUUAGACGAUGGAAACAGUCCAGGCCCAUUGCCAACAUAUUCACCACCAAAGCCUACAAAUAAACCAAUCGUGACUCAAAAACCAGUACCAACAACUAAAAACAGUGGUGGCGACAAUGGCGGAGGUGAUGGAGGUAUAUUUACCUGUAAAGGAAAAGCCGACGGCACGUACGCCGACCCAGCGGACUGUUCCAAGUACUAUCAAUGCGCAGGCGGCAAUACUUGGCACCAAACUUGCCCAAGCGGGACUGUUUUCAACCCUGCUAACAAUGCAUGUGAUUGGCCAGCUAAUGUCCCAGGAUGUGCCUAAUUUAAAUACUGAGUGCCUUUACUUGACCAUGCUUGACCAUUAUAAAUAUAAUAAAUAAUUUAAAUUCAUCAGUUAAAAAAUAUGCAUGUAACACUUAUAAAAUUAAAUUUUCAUAUAUAGCAUUCAUGAUAUGCUUUAUAUUUCUUGGGCAUUUGAUAUCUUGGAAAUAUUGAGAUAGUAGCGAGCUAUUUUUAAUUUCCAUUCGUUUUUCCCUUUUCGUUUUUGAUGAAUAAAGUUUACCGGCCAUACAGUA